UGUGUGUGUGUGUGUUCACCGGCUCACGUGGAUGCCACAGUACAGACGCUAAGGUUUCAUGGACUUCCUGUAAAUAGUGCCAUGUUCUAGGUCUUGUGUUUAUCGGGGAGAGAAGCAACUAUUUAAUGAUCGUGUUUGACGGCAUGGAAAAUUGUCUUACGAGUUUUUUUAAUCAUCUUGGUGGUUGUCAAAGAAGACGGUCUGUCAGUGUUUGAUUGGAUGUUAUGUGCCGUUACGCCUUUCAUAUAUCCCUCCGCUGUUUUUUGUCCCCUUUCAGACUGUUUUGGUCUUUUCGCUGUUAGCAACGGAGAGAACCCGAGAUAGCCGUAAACCCCAUUUUGAGAUAAUCGAAAUUUUCUGUUAGGAUUACACAAUAAAUUGACAAGAGUUGUGACACACACGUUUAUUUCCGAAGAGUUAUUGGCGCUUAUUGUCUUUUUUAAAAUAUUAUUUUUUUCUGUUUUAAUAGGCAUUGUACAGGUUGCUAAUUUAGCUAGCAGACGUUAGCUAGCUUCUUAGCAUAGCAUCUUGCCCAAGAAAGCUGAGGCAGACGAGCAGGUUGACAUUAGCUUGCUAGCUAGCUAGACCCUCUGAGUGCUAGCAAGCUGUCACUCAGCUGCACACCGUCUCGUCGUCACACGAUUGCAGUGGUAAGCCGGUCGUUUUAAAGCAUUAGACAACACUGCAAACGUCGUUUAUGGGAUCACCAUGUCAAUGAAGGCCGGUGGAAAUCGCAAGCCCGGCGGUGGCAGCGCUGGUGGUGCCGCUGCCUCCGGUGCUGGAGGAAGCGGCGGGGGACGACAGAAUCUGGGCAGAGGGCGACACAGUGGUAAAGGUCCUUCUGCAGCAGUCGUUUUCAAUGGUGUAUAUGCAAAUAUGAGGAUGGUCCAUGUCUUGACAUCAGUGGUGGGGACCAAGUGUGAGCUCAAAGUGAAAAACGGAGCCGUCUAUGAAGGCGUGUUUAAGACAUACGGUCCAGAGUGUGACCUGGUGUUGGAUGCAGCACAUAGAAAGAGCCCAGAGCCAAGCGUUGGUCCCAGGAAAGAGGAUAUUGUGGAGAGCAUCAUUUUCAAGGCCUCUGAUGUAGUAGUGGUGACCUUCAAAGACGUGGACCUGAAUUUCGCCAGGAAAGACAAUUUCACAGAUGCAGCGGUGAGUGGCAGGAUCAACGGAGAGCACAAGGAGAAAGAUCUUGAGCCCUGGGAUGGAGGGGAGACGCACACCUCUGACAGCCUGGAGUCUCUGGACACAGACGUGUCAAACGGUUGGGAUCCCAAUGACAUGUUCAAGUACAACGAGGAGAAAUAUGGAGUCCUGUCUACGUACGACAGCAGCUUAUCCACAUAUACGGUCCCUCUGGAGCGGGACAACUCGGAGGAGUUCCUGAAGAGGGAGGCCCGCGCUGCCCAGCUGGCAGAGGAGAUCGAGGCCAGCGCCACAUACAAGGCCCGCGUGGCUCUGGAGAACGAUGACCGCUCUGAGGAGGAGAAAUACACCGCCGUGGUGCGAGGGGAGAGGGAGACACACACACUAAGCAGAGAGAACAAGUACAUUCCCCCGGGUCAGAGAAACAGAGAGGCGAUGUCAUGGGGAGCGGGACGUCAGAAUUCACCCCGUCUGGUUCAGAGCUCAGCUGGACCCCCAACUCCUCGGCCAGCACCUCACGACUACAGCCCCAGCUCCGGGGCCGACCAGAGGGUGGUAAAUGGAGGUUCAUCCCAUUGGCCCUCACCCUGUCCAUCUCCUUCCUCCCGCCCCCCCUCUCGUUACCAGUCUGGCCCCUCCUCCUUGCCUCCGCGGGCAGCCACGCCCACCAGGCCACCCUCCAGACCCCCCUCCCGACCCUCCAGGCCUCCCUCCCAUCCCUCCCACCCCUCCUAUCCCUCCUCCUCAUCUUCCUUGGCCCACCAUGGGCCCACGUCGCCAGCCUCCACCCUGCCCAAACGCAUGUCUUCAGAAGGUCCCCCCAGAAUGUCUCCCAAAUCCCAGCGGACACCCCGCGCCCACAGAGUGCCACCUUGCCGGACCAGCGGAGUCUCUUCAGGAGUGGACUUAAUCUCCCAUAAUCCCCCUGGAGAGGUCUCAAUGACUCCACCAACCAGGAGCAGCUCCUCUGGAGGUACCUGGUCAUCAGUAGUCAGCGGAGCUCAUAGACCUCGCUCCCCUCGACAGAACAGCAUGGGCGGAGCCUCCCCUGGCUCCUCCUCCCUCCCGUCUCCCCAGACUGGGACAGCUCCUGUGGAAACAGUUGCCACGCCAACAUCAGCCUCCUCUCCUACUGCUGCUAGCCCCGCCCCCAACAUGGUCUCCAGUCCCUCAGUAGAAGCAAAAGAGUGUCGCGUCCAGGAGACGAGACAGACAUCUCCCACGGCUAACAAGGAGAAUGUCAAGCCCCUGGACAGCUCUCCUAGCAUCACCAGACCAGUCUGUAAAGGACCUCCUUCCAUGGCACCAGACCACAGAAAACAAAUAGAUAAUUUAAAGAAAUUUAGUGUAGAUUUUAGGUUGCAGUCCAGCUCCAACCCAGAUCCUGUAUUCGACCAGAUGAUGACCAAACCUCCCAGAGAUCCAGGAGACAAGCCUAAGGACCUUCCUCUGGACAAGACCUCCACAGCGGGGCGGGAGGGCAGCGAGGAGGGUGUAGUGGUGAUGGCCACCGGCACCCCCGGCGGUUCCCCAGCCCCCUCCACCACCACCACAAACACCAGUAAGCCUGGCAGCCCCGCCGCUCCCUCCACCUCCCCCUCAGCCCCUGACCAGAAGAGAGCGGGGCUGGAUGUGACAUCACAGGGAGUUCAGACAACAGCCACGUCCACGUUCACCGGGCCAAAGCCUGAGGACAAGGAGGAGAAAAAGGAGGCAGUACAAGAUCAAGUUAGAAAAUCAACCCUGAACCCCAACGCCAAUGAGUUCAAACCCAGGUUCAACACACAGCCCAAACCAGCCAACACCCCCACGCCCCCCCGGCCCCAGGGCCAGCCUAGCCCCUCCAUUGUGGUCCAGCAGCCCCCGGCUGUCUAUGGCCAGACGGUCUGUUUCCCCCAGAUGUAUCCCCUCACACCGGUCAGCCCUGGAGUACAGAAAAGCAUAAUAUGGAAGUCUCCAGCCAUGUAUCACGUUCAGAUGCCUCAUAUGACGGUCAGCCAGUCUAAACCCUACAGACCAGUACCCAACAUGCCCCAGCAGAGGUCAGACCAGCACCACCCUCCAGGUACGCCCACCAUGAUGCACCCGGCAACGGCAGCAGGACCGCCCAUUGUAGCACCAAGCCCCGCCUACUCUGCCCAGUACUUCACCUGCAGCCCGCAGCAGUUCACCAGUCAGCCUCUGGUCCAGCAGAUGUCACACUACCAGUCACAGGCGCAGCAUGUGUUCAGUCCCGUAAUGCAGGGCAGUGCCAGGAUGAUGGCGCCUCCUACACACGGCCAGCCCAGCCUCGUCUCCUCCUCCACCACGCAGUACGCAGAACAGACACACACCAUGUACGUGUCACCAGGGCCAAUGCCCCAGCAGUACCCUCAUCCCAGCGCCACCCUGCACCCCCACCCACAGCACCCACAGCCCUCAGCGACCCCCACAGGUCAGGCCCAGCAGGGUGGCCCUCCGCAGCAUGGAGGUCCCCCCAGCCACCCGGCGCCUAGCCCGGUCCAGCACCCACAGCACCCGCAGGCGGCAGCAGCAGCGGCAGCAGCCCAGGCCCUCCACCUCGCCAACCAGCCCCCGCAGCAGCAGAUGUACUCAGCCUUGGCCCACACGCCCCCCUCCAUGACCCCUGGGCCCAACCCCCAGUCCCCCCAGGCCUCGUUCCCCUCUGCCCAGCAGACCGUCUAUAUCCACCCCCAGCAGGUGCAGCACAGCUACAACCCCAACCACAUGGCACACGUGCAGCAGGCCCACAUGCAGUCUGGCAUCGUGCCCUCGCACCAUGCGGCACCCACCCACCCCCCAAUGAUGCUGAUGGCGACCCAGGGUCCUCCAGGGGGCCCGCAGGCCCCCAUGCCCCAGACCGCCCUUAACCCCAUCCCCGUCUCCUCCACCACACACUUCUCCUACCUGGCACACCCACAAGUGCAACCUCACCAUCAGCAGCAGCUGUAAGAUAGAGGGCGCUGGUGAGCCGAGGGACCCGCUCUGCCUUGCGCUUCUCAUCCAGAGCCUUCAUAACCAGACGAUGAAGAGAACGACACCCUCCCUUUCCUCUCUCUUUCAUCCCCAUGAGACACAUGCUUCACAUCAGCUUUUCUCCGCCCCUGACCCCACCCCCACCCCCUGUCCCUCCACCUCCCCCACCCCACCCCUCCUCCUCUCCCCCCAGACUAGGCAAUAAGAGAAUGUUACCAGAUUGAUGCAGUGACACGUUUUAACGAGCUAGAGUUUUAACAUUAACAAACAGGAUUGCUUUUAAUCUGCCCCUUUUGACACACUGAUAUCUACACACAUGCACACACACACAUAACACAUGCACACAGUUCAACACACACACACACACACACAUACACACACAUACACUUUCAGAGGGUCCCUAAUUGCAACUUGAGUCAGCUUGCCAACUAAGAAUUGAAAGAGAGAGUGAGAGAAAUAAAUAAGUGAGAGUGAAGAAGAAAAAUAAACUGGAACUUGUAUUUUGUCUGCACCUUGUUAUGGAAAAAAAAAAAUCUUCCAACUCUUAGACAGUAUUAAUCUUACUGUUUAUCUAUUGCUGCUGCUGCUAUGUGCUGCGUUUGUUUCCAGACUACACGACAGGUUUCUAACCAAACUAAAAAAAAAAAAGACAUGACAAGAAGCUUCCUGUGAAUUAACAAACACGUCUUGGCAGCCAGA